UGAAUUGGAGGAAAAGUGUUGAAAAAUUUAGACAAAGUAGAUGUAAUACGGGGAAAGUACUUUAAAUGUUUAGCCCAGUUUGAUCCAGUAGCAGAAUAAACUUUGAUUGUCAUGAUUUGAGCUAAAAAAGUUCUGAAAUGAGCCCAGAGAAUUCCUUUUACGAGUGCUAGACCUCUCCUAACUUCCUCAACAAGGUUACCAUAUGCCUGCUAACGUUACCCAUCAAACCUGACAUCUAAUAAGCUUUAAUAAAGCACAACCUUUAUCUGAAGAAAUCGAGAAGAAUAAAAGGUUAUCUUUGUCUAUAUCCUCAAUGCAAUUUUUGUCCACUGUGUUUCUUUAACAGUUCCUUAAAAUUGAUUUUCGCUAUUUCGACGCCAAUCCUAAUGUCCAAAACAAUCGAGAAUGUGAUAGGUGAAUCAAUCAGCCUUGAUUGGAAAAAAUGCAUCAACUACAGCUGGCUUAUUCAAUAAAACUGAAAAUUUAUGCCAAUAACCAACGUCAUGUUUUGAAGCCAACCAAAAUAGCAAGUAGUUUCUUCCAUUACCUUCUUUAUUAUUCUACAAACACGCUUUGUAAAAAGCACCAAAAAUCCUAAAUGCAGUGCAAAAAAUAUAUCGUAUAAAUCACAAUUGUCUUGCUCUUAAGCUCAUAAACUUAUUUUGCGAUUGGACAGAGGAGCUUCAAGACACCGCACCUAAUUUCGUUGCAACAUCUGAUCUUCAAAGACGACGUGAAUCCAGUACUUGUAUAUCGCGGGCAUUUUGAAAUCAUGGAAUGGAUAGAAUGGAUAGCUUAUUUCUCUCAAAAUUCUGGCUAACAGAAAACUUUGCGGUAAUGGUUUACUGAACAGUGAACGCUCAGCGAAAAAUUCAACAUCGGUGGUAACAGCAAGGUAUGAACCUUUGCAAUUAUUGUAGAAGAUUUCACUACUCCUUUUCCUUGACUUUGAGAUAUAUUUAUAUGCUGAACAUAUAUUCCACGAUAUAAAGAGAAUAAAGACGCUAAAAAGACAGGAAAGAUUGAAUCAACACAUGUAUAAAAUUUUGAGCAACACAUGUAUAAAACUUCGCCACGCUUUGCAAAAACGACGAUUUCAAGGAUUUCGGGUAAUAUUUUCCACUAUGUUGUUAUUUUACAAAGAUUCUAUGAAAUUUCUGUAGGGAUUUCUAUAUAGAGGGUAAAAAAGGACUCUAAAAGGUAUUGAGACAAACCAAAGCCGAGGGCAUCUUAAUAGAAUAUUUACCCCCAAACAGAAGACUUUCGAUGUAAUUCGCUAAUCAUUUUGUGAUUGAAUUGCAAGGGAAACUACAAUCGACUCUGUCUAAUUCGAACUUUUACUAAUUAGAACAACAUUUUCAGGUUACUUGAAAAGUUCCUAACGAUAACUAACGAUAACCUUUAUACUGCAAACUUCUAUAACUCGAACCGUUCUUAAUUCGAACAUUGUGACGAUUUUCAGACAGUUCGAAUUACACAGAGUUGAAUGUAAUUCUAAUUAUUUAGGUAUUGAUAGACAUGAAAUAAUAUUGUGAUAGGAGUGAAUAUUUAACACAAAAUUUCAGAAAUCGUACGAAAGUCAGAACUCUAUUGAUUUUAUUGCUUUUUUAGGCUUGGGAAUCCGUAUUGCAACUGCGCCUUUAUGUGUCGAACAUUUUUCACUGAAUGGAUUUUACCUUGGGUAUUUGCUUUUAAUGGCAUCGUUGGCAUUAAAACACCUAAAUUUGGUAAGAUAAGGGUUCUUACUUCGUCUUCUCGGUUCAAGGCAGAUUCUAAGAAAUAGAGGAGCAUGUAAUAGGAUGUUGACUUUUAAAGUAAAGUCGUAUUCAAUUUUAGCUUUAUUUAGUAGAAUUAUUUCGCAAAAGAAGUGUCUAAGGAGCUAGGGUAAGCUAUUUAUUGGUAGUAAGAAGAUGAAAACUCUCUCUUCAGUCUUACUCAUCAUAUUGCUUUUGAUUAAUAUGACUGUCAACUUCAAAUAAUGUGGAUAAUCGAGGAUAAAGAAAAUCGGGAUAAAGAGAUAGAAAUAAACUUUUGUGCUUAAAAUGUAUUUAAUUGUCUUUGACAAUGUCAAUUCACAAGAGUAGGCCAGACAUUUUGUAAAAAUUGCAACCCGGAAAUUUUAAUGUCUUUGUUGCUUAGAAACGUGUGUUUAUAUACACCGAGGCAGGUGAUAAAACAUCCUCAUGAGUGGCAGGGUUUUCAUUCAAAUUUCAUAUGUUGAGAACACUAUUUUGUUUUCUGUGGAAACAUAUUUAACUUCAAUCAUCACAGUAAUGUAUGGAUGUGGCCGUUAUCUCCUCAAAUAAAUAUUAAAUUUGUUUCCUCUUUUUACACAUUUAAUUGAUGUUAAAACAAACUUAGUUUUCUCCGUGGCUUCGUUUAUGCCAUUGGCACAUGCGUUAUUGCAAGCGUCAAUACUAAUUAUGGCCGCCAACCUCCGCAGAUAUAGAAAUCAGGUCAAAUCUUCGAUUGAUUAGUGUUUCCAAUAUUGCCUGGUGAAAAGGGUCUUGUGCAGGAGAGAAAUAUCUGAUGCCUGAAAUUUCUUGAUAUCUCAAAGAUUAAUCAAAUUCAAUACCUAAAUCUACUGCAUGCCUUGAAAUAGAAGCAGCGAAGCCUUACACCUGUUGAUGACGAUCGACAACAUAGAGGUAUGGCAAGGAACCACGAGAAAGAAACGUGCCUUUUUCUGGAAUGGCUUGAUGUGCCUGACAGCAAGGCAGUAAAGUCGACUGCCAUUAUAACAACCAUCAUCGGCUGCUUUUCAUCACUUGGUGCAAUUCUAGGCAACACACUUGUCCUUUUUGUCUUGAUCAAGUUCGACCGGUUACACACGCCUUCAAACACGUUGAUUGGCAGCUUGUGUGUUAGUGAUCUUUUGACUGGGUUUAUCGUAACCCCUUUUUCGGCAGCUCGACGGUUGCAAGAAGCAUACGGGAUUCGACCUUGUGUUUUACGACUAGUUUGCGCGUUUUUCGCCUUUCUAUGUCUCGCAACUUCAAUUGUUACAGUUGGUGGGAUCAGUAUCGACAGAUAUUUUGCCGUUGUUAUGCCAUUCCGAUAUCGUAGAAACGCAACAAUUUUCCGAUAUCUGAUUAUAAUAGCUAUAUCUUGGACAUCACUAGGGUUGAUUACGCUUUUUCCCUUCAUUGCUGUUAUUGAUACGAAAACAUUUUUUCAAGUUCUCUUUGGGCUCAUGGGUGUAUCAAUCGUAGUAUUUCUAAUUACAUAUGCAAAAAUUUCGAGAAUCGUGAGGUCACAUCGCCGCAAAAUAUGUUCGGUUCGACACGCGUCGUAUGUAAGUAACGACUCAACUGCUAGUGAAAGAGUGCUUGCUAUAAGGGAGAGUAAAAAAGCCAACACGAUCGCAAUAGUCAUUGGGUGUGGCUUAUGCUCCUACAUGCCCUUGGCAGUCAUGUUCAUAUUACGCGGGACGAUCGGCGAUACAGUCGAACUUGUUACGAUAGCUGAUCCUUGGGCAGAUCUCUUUUUGCAAGUAACGAGCGCCAUAAAUCCGAUCAUUUACUGCAUGCGAUCAAGCGAUAUCCGAGAUCAUAUCUCUCGUGCUCUACCUGAUCGACUUGAGCGUCUGUUUGUGAGAAUUUUUCGAAAACGGUGAUCAAGUGCAUAUAUUCAAAGAGCCUAGCAAAAAACUGAACAUUGCAUGCACUUCUCUGCAAGAAAACAGACGAGUUGAUUUUCAAGCAAAGAUUAUCUUGCAAAAAUGGAGGACCUGGAUUCACGAGCUAGAUUUUCAAAGGUGUUUUUCCCAAACGAAAGUCUAAGCUAGUCCGCCUUUUAAUUCUGUAGCAGUAAAGGACCGCAGAAUGCAAAAUUUGCAAGUCUGUUAUACCAGGUCGUUGUACAACAAUACUUGUUUGGAGAGUGAUUAAAUGGUUAUUAAAUCUCCCCAACCGGGUAAUCAGAGUUGGUGCGUGGAUGAGGCAGUAGUCCCAAACACCCUGGGGUGUAGUGCUAGUUGGCUCAGGGGGUGAGCCCCUUUGUUAAUGCCAAAAAUUAGUAAAUUUCUACCUUUGCUAUUGUUUUUCGCAACAUUUUGUGCAAGAGCCCCCCUUGUUUUUUAUAGCACUUCACCACUGUAGACACCCUCUAUCCCUCUGUAAUUUACUCAAAGAAGAAUUUGGUUAAAAGGAAGGAUGAUACUCGGUAUAGCUCCACUUUUCUUGCCAGUGAAGGAUUGUUCAUAAAGAAAGCAAACUCUUUAAUUUUGCACCGCUUAGAAAAAUUUCCUAGUUGCACCAAUGGACCUUUUGUGUAAAUAUGUAAAUUUCCUCUCAGGAGAAUUGUAAACUCGUUGUGCCUUGUGUUAAUGAUUAGUGGCUGAUUCCAAUACAAAAGCCUUUAGGUAACUUCCGACUUAUGUUAACGGGUCUACUUUGCCUAUAUAUAUUGUCAUUUAUAUCUAAUCUCUUAGUACAUAUACAAAUAAUGAUUAGUUAAAGCAUAUAUAGUAUAUAGUAAUUUUUGUACAUACGUAUACGGAAGUAGCCAUAAUGCUACUGUUUACAUCAAGAGGCGUUUUCUUAUACAUUGGUUGCUUGAUAAAUCUUUCGAUAAGCAGAGAGAAUUAAAAAAGCUUUCUUUUCUGUGAAAUUUCAAAAAAUUGCAAUGGCCUGUUUAUCUUUCGAAAGUGUCGAUUUCUCUCGAAUUUCAAAAGAAAAGGUGAUAAAAUUUGAAUGUCUAGUAAGGAAAUUUUCUUCUUUAACUUACUGAAAAUGCCUAUAGACAAAGAAGCAAAUAUAUACCUUUGAACGUUAUUGUUUUGCAAUAUUUACUCUGUCAGUCGGUUAAGAUUGAUAUAAUUGAUCAAAUGGUUGAUAACAUUCCCUAUCGACUCUGUCUCUUCUCUCAGCCCAAUCCUAGAUCGGCGGUCAAAGUGGCAACAUCCAGCGUCACUGUCAUUUUCAAAUUCAACUACCGAAGAAUUGGUGGCAGAAAAUUAAGAUUCUGGCAGUUAUCCAGCACAUUGUAAACGGGAGGGCAAAGUGGACAAAAUUUGUGCGGCACAGUGUAAACGCAAAUCAAUCCGAACAACUUUUAUGCGGAUAAAAUUUAUCCGGCACAGUGUAAACGGGGUGUUGACAGAAAUCUGUCAAGUGUUGACAGAAAAAAAUAAGAUUCCAGAAAAGCAACGGAACAUCGUUUUGCUGAUUUGUUGACUACAAAUCAUUUUCGGAGCAAAUUUAUUAGACAGAACAUCGAAAAUAUCAAAAUUCAAUCUUCUCAGUGAUUUUAAUUUGAUGUAAAUUUUUAGCAGGAAGAUAGUCGAAUUGCAAAACAAGAGCAUUUUCAGACAGAAUUGAACUGGCGCGAUGAAUAUUCAUAUUGUUUCUAAGCAAAGUUUUAAAAUAUUUCCUUUGAAAUGAAUUUCUUCAAAUGACUUAACAGUAACCACAAAUCAAUCAUUGCUAUAAUUAUCCCGACUGGAAACCAACUUUGACAUGACAAAGUUAUAAGGACGGCGAAUGAAAAAUUGCCUUUGAAAAAACGGGAUUCUAUAAAUGGCGGGAUUCAAUAGAAAUGGCGUCAGCAAAAAAUGGAAACUUGACAAAAAUAUAUAUUUGCCUUUUUGUUACAAAUAUAAAAAAACGAUGAACAUUUAAUAUAUUAAAGUUUUAAUGUAUAGCGUCUUUCUUUGAUUCCUUUUUUCCAUGCAAAUUUCGAUAUCAAUGUUUCCAUUUUUUUGUAUUAAAUUCAAUCUGUGAAACUAUGGUGAAGCUAACAACAAUUUUAUUCUAAGGUCUUUGAUAAACCAAUAAGUUGUCUGAAAUGGCAGUUUUAGGAGAAUAGAGUAUUCACCCAAAAGAUUGGCUUAAGUUUUAUUGUAGCGACAGGAAAGAUUUAUGUGUAGAAAAAAAGUUGUUUGAGAAAUGCAUGACGUGCUGCUUCGAUCUUCUAAAAGCAGGCACCACGGCAACCCGCCAUGUAAAUUUGAGAUAUAUUCUAAUACGAGAAAUUCAAGCAACAUAUUGUAGUAUGAAUGAAAGUUAUAACAAUAUUGCACAUGAUAAUCCGUAAGCUCGUGAUUCAUCGGCCAAUUUUGAAUUGGCACUGCUAGGAAGCGAAAUUGGCUUUGUUUACAACCAACCGAAAUUUAACUUCCUAAACUGCAUGCAUAUUCUUUGAUUCACAAAUUGCGUCGUUUUAUAAUUUCAAAUUAAAUGAACAUUAAGAUAGCUCACCUUUACUUGACUUGCUUUUUCUUGCUUUCGUUGUAUCUUUAGUGUGCAAAUUUGUUGU